UGAUUUUUUAAUUCUCUGCUCUCUCUCAAAAGAACUUGCUUGAAAAGUUUACCGAAAGAAACACACAACAUGCUCUCUCAAACGAACUUGCUUGAGAAGUUUACCGAAAGAAACACACAACAUGCUUGUUUUAAAGUAAACCACACUCGUUACACUGUCACACACAUUCUCUCUUACUCUCUUUAAUUGUCUCGCUCACACUUUUGAGGUUUUCAGCACUGUUUCGAUGAUCCCAUGAGCUAUUUGCUUGAAAAGGUGCAUUGAUCAUUCUACUUUGCACAUAAUUAAACCGUCUCAGGUGGAGUACAAGGGGAAUUUGGAAAGCUGUACUGUUGUGCUUAAUGUGGUGUCUUUGGAGAGAACAGAAUGAUUGGUGCUUCGAGGGACAAGAAGUGUAUGUGGCAAAGCUGACAUAUCUAUUUCUGAAGUCUCUAUAUGACUGGACUCUGCCUUGUCCUUUGCCUUUUGUGGUUGACUUAGAGAGGUUUUUAGGAUUUGAAACUAGCAGAAUUUAAGGAAAAGAAAUGGGUUCGGAAGGAAGCUUAAGAGAGACAGUGGCAAGUCAAGUUGGUUUUGGUGGAUUUGACCGUCAUGUCAAAGCAAAAGACCUUUUGCAAUACUUAGAAGCUGAAAUUGGACUUGUUUAUAGGUGCAGACUAAAAACUUCUUGGACCCCUCCAGAGUCGUAUCCAAAUUUUGAAGAGAGCAUUAAAACUGCAAACAUUGAAAGCACAGAUCAUUAUGUCCCAGUGGAGCCUCAUGCAUUUGUGCAUUUUGCCUUGCCCGAGUCAGCAACUUGGGCUAUGAAUGCAGCAGGGCGUUGUGAGCUUUCUUUGAAAAAUAAUCUAUUGAAGGCUAGUUUAGGUCCUGAAAAUCCAUUCUGCUUGAAUAAGAGGAGGAGGGCUACAACUCCUAUUAAGUUGUCUGAUGUGCUUGUUGAGAUUGGGACCUUGGUUAACCGAGAUGAUUUUUUUGUUGCUUGGAGAGGACCUUCUAGAGGGGUUGAGUUUCUAGUGGAUCCUUUUGAUGGGACAUGCAAGUUUUGUUUCACAAGAGACACUGUUUUCACUUUUAAAGACACGAGCAAGCAUGAAAUGGUAAAAUGUGAUUUCAAGGUGGAAUUCUUGGUGAGAGACAUCAAUGAGAUCAAGCGAUAUUCAGAGCCAUCAUAUCGAGUAAUCCUAUUGCAGCUGUCUUCAUCACCCCGGGUCUGGUAUAGAACAGCUGAUGAUGAUAUUGAAGAAACAGUGUCAUUUGAUUUGUUGGAUGAUGAUGAUCCUUGGAUCCGAACCACAGAUUUUACACCUAGUGGGGCAAUUGGUCGGUGUAAUUCUUAUAGGGUUUCAAUCCCACCCCGCUAUGGCAGGAAGUUGGAGAAGGCCAUGGAUUAUCUUAAAGAACGAAGGGUGCAUGAGUUCUGCCUUAAAUCUCCGCUCAGGAUCCAGGAUGAACCUGAUUUUGGGUUGCCCAUGUCAGAUCCUUUGUUUUGUAUUCAACACAUGGAAGGCAUAACCUUUGAGAUAAUGUUCUUGGUUAAUGCUGCAUUGCAUAAGGGCAUUUUCAAUCAGCACCAGCUGUCAGACAAUUUCUUUGAUUUGCUGAAAAGCCAAGCUAUGGAUGUCAAUGUUGCUGCACUAAAGCACAUAUGUUCUUACAGAAGCCCAGUGUUUGAUGCCUCCAAGAGGCUGAAAAUUGUUCAGGAUUGGUUGCUGAGGAAUCCUAAGCUUUUCAAGAGCCCUAAACAGCUGGAUGAUAUUGUUGAGGUUAGGAGGCUGGUCAUUACACCAACCAAAGCAUAUUGUCUUCCACCAGAAGUUGAGCUUUCCAAUAGGGUUCUCAGGAAAUAUAAAGAAGUUGCUGAUCGGUUUUUAAGGGUUACCUUUAUGGAUGAAGGGAUGCAGACAAUGAACUCCCAUGUUCUUUCGUAUUAUGUUGCUCCUAUUGUUAGGGAAAUCAAAUCGUACUCUUUCCAGCAAAAAACCAAAAUAUUCCAAAGGGUGGGUACAUUUCUAAGGGAUGGGUUUCAUGUAUGUGGUCGGAAAUAUUCUUUUUUAGCCUUCUCAGCCAAUCAAUUGAGGGACCGUUCUGCCUGGUUUUUUGCUGAAGACAGGAACUUAAGUGUUAACAAAAUUAGAGAUUGGAUGGGGAAGUUUGACCAUAAAAACAUUGCUAAGUGUGCUGCUAGGAUGGGUCAGUGCUUCUCAUCGACAUAUGCUACAGUAGAAGUUCCAUCAACAGAAGUUAAUCCUUUCCUUCCUGAUAUAGAGAGGAAUGGGUAUUGUUUCUCUGAUGGGAUUGGUAUUAUUACUCCUGAUCUUGCGAUGGAAGUUGCAGAGAAAUUGAAAUUGGACAUGGAUCCUCCUAGUGCUUAUCAGAUUAGGUAUGCUGGUUGUAAGGGGGUUGUGGCCUGCUGGCCAGCAAAAGAUGAUGGGGCCCGACUUUCUUUGAGGCUUAGUAUGAACAAGUUCCAGUCAUGCCAUACUAUCCUUGAGAUCUGUUCUUGGACAAGGUUUCAGCCUGGUUUCCUAAACAGGCAGAUUGUGACUUUACUUUCAACUUUGAAUGUUCGAGAUGAAAUAUUCUGGACAAUGCAAGAAUCAAUGGUCUCCAGACUAAACCAAAUGCUUGUGGACACAGAUGUGGCGUUUGAUGUUCUGACAGCAUCUUGUGCAGAGCAAGGAAAUGCAGCAGCAAUAAUGUUGAGUGCAGGUUUCAAGCCUCAAAUUGAACCUCAUCUACGAGGCAUGUUAACCUGUAUACGAGCUGCACAGCUUUGGGGCCUUAGGGAGAAGGCUAGGAUUUUUGUCCCUAAAGGGAGGUGGCUGAUGGGCUGCUUAGAUGAGCUAGGGGUUCUUGAGCAGGGCCAAUGCUUUAUCCAAGUUUCUACCCCAUCAUUGGAAAACUGUUUUGCAAAGCAUGGUUCCAGGUUUACCAAGAGAGGGAAUAAUCUUCAAGUAAUUAAAGGGUAUGUGGCCAUAGCGAAGAAUCCUUGUCUUCACCCAGGAGAUGUAAGGAUUCUAGAAGCAGUUGAUGCCCCUGGUUUACACCAUCUACAUGAUUGCUUUGUUUUCCCUCAAAAUGGUGAAAGGCCGCAUCCCAAUGAAGCAUCUGGAAGUGACCUUGAUGGGGACCUUUACUUUGUGACUUGGGAUGAAAAUCUUAUUCCCCCUAGUAAGAAGAGCUGGCCGCCCAUGGAGUAUGCUCCUGCAGAAGCCAAACUUUUGUCACGCAAAGUCACUUCUAAGGAUAUAAUAGAUUUUUUUGCAAGAAACAUGGUGAAUGAGAGCCUUGGGACAAUCUGCAAUGCACAUGUGGUUCAUGCUGACCGCAGUGAGUAUGGGGCUUUGGAUGAGGACUGCAUCACACUAGCAGACUUAGCAGCUAAAGCUGUUGAUUUUCCCAAGACUGGGGUGCUUGUCACGAUGCCUUCACAUCUGAAACCGAAACUGUACCCUGAUUUUAUGGGGAAGGAUGAUAAUCAAUCCUACAAGUCCACCAAAAUCUUGGGAAGACUUUAUCGGCAAGUAAAGGAUGCUUAUGAUGAAGAUAUUGAUGCGCCUUCAGAGCUAAAUUUUGUCCCUGAUGAUGUCCCUUAUGAUUCAGAUCUUAAGGUUUCAGGAUCUGACGAUUUCAUCAUGGAUGCGUGGCAUCAAAAGUGCUCUUAUAAUGGGCAGCUGAUUGGUCUAUUAGGACAGUAUAAAGUGAAGAGGGAAGAAGAGAUUGUAACUGGGCACAUCUGGUCCAUGCCCAAUUACAACAGCAGGAAGCAAGGGGAGCUCAAGGAGAAGCUCAAGCAUAGUUAUAGUUCUCUGAAGAAAGAAUUCAGGCAAAUUUUUGAACACAUUGACUCUGACUUUGAGCAACUCCCUGAUGAUGAGAAGAAUUUAGUCUACGAGCAGAAGGCCUCAGCAUGGUACCAGGUCACUUAUGAUCCAUACUGGGUGAAUAAAUCACUGGAUUUGCAAAAAUCAGUGGAUUUGCUAGAAUCAGAUGGUCCAAGGGAUGUAGUGAUGCUGAGCUUUGCCUGGAUUGCAGCUGAUUAUCUUGCUCGGAUCAAGAUUAGAAGCGGUGGAUCUGACAAUGUGGACUCUGCUAAGCCCAUUAACUCUCUGAAGAGGUACCUCAUCGAUCGAAUAUGACCAGCACUUGAAGCUUUGAGAGCUCUCUUAUUGUGCUGCUCAUACAUUAUUGCUGCAAGGCCACUCUACCAAUCUAAAGAUAAGUCGUACGUAUCUGUUGUUAAGGUGUUUACCCUCCUUUGGGCCCUGGAUGACAUUUCCUUUUGAAUUGUUACUUGCUGCUCCAACAUGUUUCUUGCUUGUAAUCAAGCUCUUAGAAAUUUCUCUGUAUUUUGACCUUAUAAGAUCUUACUGGUAAUGCAAAAUCGUAUUCUUUAUUGUGGCAUA